AUGGGCAACAAUUAUUCCGUUGAAGGCAUCACGUCCCGAGAUCUCGAGCGUUGGGAACGCGACGGUCGCCCCGUCAUGGUCGACCGGCAGCGUCGCCGCCGGAGUCCAGGCGGGCAAUCCCACACCAGGCGUUCAGUUCGAAUCGUCCGUGAUGACGGGUAUGGCGGCAGCGGAGGUGGAUUCCAGCGAGAUCACAGCUACCCGCGACGGCCGAGGGGGGAGAGCUGGUCGGGAUGGCGUCGAGACGCGUUCCCCCCAUCUCUGUCCACGCGCAGUGCUGCAGGGAGGCACCAAGCCGAUACGGUCUUUGUGCCGGCGUCCGGAGCACGACCUGGCGGCGGCAUGUACCGUCAUGACACAUUCCGUGGCACCGACACAGUAUUUCACGGUCCCCGGGUGUUCGACUGCGGUUCGCGGUUUGCGAGAGGUCCAGGUCCAGUGAUGGUGCAACAAGACUGGGUCGACCCGCCGCCUCGUCGCCCUCGCCCUCGCCAUCACUCCACGCCACCACCGUCAUACCGUGGUCCGCGGGACGACUUUCGAGGACACAAUCCCCAUUUCUCUGACGGCCAUCGCAUGCCACACACGCCGCCGUUCGAUGGUGGCCACCGAGGACCUUACAUGUCAGGCGGCCUGGGGAGAGGGGGCCCCGUGGGAGGAGGCGCGCGAGGAGCACCACCACCACCAGAAAGAGGACCUGAGAGACGGCGCAUUGGGUUCAGGGACGAGUUGCUGUUGGAGGAUGGGAGGGCUGAAUGA